AUCUCUCUUCUUCAUAUCACAAACUAACUAUUCUCAAAUUCUCAAGCCUUCAUCUCUUUUCCAAUGGCAGCCAACCAAACAUCUCUCAAUGACACCAAAAUCGCUCUCCCGGACAUCAACGAGCUACGACCAGGAAUCGAAUCCAAAGAUGACUGCUUCGACUACUCCAAGCGAGCGCAAUGGCUACGCGCAGCCGUUCUUGGUGCCAACGAUGGAUUAGUGUCCACAGCAUCACUAAUGCUGGGUGUUGGAGCUGUGAAACAAGACAUUAAGGUCAUGAUACUGACCGGGUUCGCCGGUUUGGUCGCUGGGGCUUGCAGCAUGGCUAUAGGUGAGUUUGUGUCUGUUUACUCACAAUUGGACAUAGAGUUGGCUCAAAUGAAGAGGGACAAGGAAAGAGGAGAUAGUAUUGUUUCUGGAGAAGAUGGAGAGAAGGAGAAUUUGCCAAAUCCAUUACAAGCGGCUGCGGCGUCGGCUCUGGCGUUUUCGGUGGGUGCCAUGGUGCCAUUACUAGCUGCCUCUUUCAUAAGAGAGUACAAGGUGAGACUUGGUGUGGUGGUUGGAGCAGUGACCUUGGCUUUACUUGUAUUUGGUUGGUUAGGGGCUUUAUUGGGGAAGGCUCCCUUGUUUAGAUCAGCCUCUCGGGUUUUGGUUGGCGGGUGGCUAGCUAUGGCUGUUACGUUUGGGCUGACCAAGUUGAUUGGUUCAAGUGGGCUGUAAACCUAGCUCCCACGUAUUUUCUUCUGUGUACGUUAUGUGGUGGGGCGUAAAUGUUGUUAAAAAUGAUAAAGAUUUCAACCGUUAGUCUCAAUUGUUGAGUUGGACACAUGAGAUUCAAAUGAGUUUGUAAGCUCCACAUAUUUCAUAUGAUGCACAUGAAAUCAUGUAUGUAAAAUUGGGAUAGCAGCUAUUAGAACCUUAUCAUAACUAAACUGUUAUUAUUGUUGGUCUCUUUUCUUUGGUUUUCUUUUUUCCACUAUAUC